AUGUCUCAGGCGCAGAAUGCGUGCAUGGCGCGAUCAACACUUGAUCAGCGCACGCCCCUGUCAUUCUGCCCUCGGACUCAGUCGUACGAUGGUUUCCCGGCUGCGGCUCGUCGGUCAUCUUUGGCUCGCUCGACCUCCUCGGCAUCGUCGCCUGACUCGAUGGUUUCGGAUGUCUCCACUCUGUCGUCCCGCUCUUCGCGGUCGUCAUCAGUCUCGUCCAACGCCUCGGGUAGUUCUGGCUCGGCGCCAGCUCGUCUGGCCGUUAAGGCCACAUUGCGCUGCACGAGCAACUCCCUCAAGGAGUCCCGGAAGACUCUGGCCAUUGCCUCUCCGAUUGAUGAGAGUUGUCUGGUCGGUGUCUACAGCUCUCCUGAAUAUCCUAGUUCCAUGGGUUCUUCGGUCCCAGACCUGUCUAAUUUUUCCCUGGAUUCCAGCCUGAGCGAAGCUGCUCAGAGUCUCUGCGAGCUUUCUGGCGCGACACCUGAACGGCGCCAGUGCCGAAAACGUGGACGUACUGGAUCCGACGAUCUCUUGCUCCAAAACCAUGUGCGCCAUCUGGUCAACCUCGGAGCCUCCGGAGACCAAUCCGUGUUGCCUGAUGGACAGUUCCCACGCUCGUUCAUGACGCAACACGGGUCCUCCAUUGCCCCUGUGCAGACUGGCCUAGUCUCUGGACCGGCAGGCAUGAAACGUGCCUGCUGUGGCAGCGAAGCACGCAAGGUCGCAUUGAACCCGAGCCUCCGUGUUGCGGAGUACUUGAAUUAA